UUUUUCCACGUCUGAGAGUGUGGCACGUCGUGUGGGUGGUGUGCGCGUGAAAGACGACGGGAACCUUUCGUUUUUCGCGUUUUGUUUUUGUAUAUAUUUCGAACAAAAUACGUCUAUAAUUGUGUAUAUAGUGUAGUUAAUUUUCAUUAAUUAAUUAAUUCAAACAAUACCACAACAAACUGACCCAAUGUCAUGUAACAGCCAAAAACCAAUUAAAACACAACAAAAAUAAUUCAUUACAAAACGUGCAAAAAACGUGCGUCAGUGUAUGUGUAUAUGUGUGUGCGAUUGCGAGUGUGACAGUGAGCGUGUGUACUAGAGUGUAUUGUUGUUGUGCGAAACGCCUGCUCAGGACGAAUUUAAAUAGCUAAACAAUUAAAUUUAAGACCAUGCAUAAGGAAAAAGUUUUAAGUACACAAAAUGCAAAUAAAGCAAACAACAAAGAGCAUAAAUUAAAUGGAUCAACAAAAGAAAAUAGUGAUAAAACAGUUAGCCUGCUGAAUAAAAAGGAUGAUAGCUGCGAAUAUGAUUUGGUACCACCCGAUGGAGGCUGGGGUUGGUUAGUUCUCUUUGGCGCCUGUCUGACCAACAUACUCAUCCCCGGCACCAUCAAAAGUUUCGGUGUAUUAUUUAUUGAGUUUACGGAAGCUUUCGAAGUCUCGCAAACGAAAUCAUCUUGGAUACCGGCGUUAUGUUACUUUCUGUAUAGCUCAUUGGGUCCUGUUUCGAGUAUUCUUUCAGUUAAGUAUUCUUACCGUACGGUAACGCUGAUAGGCGCCGUCUCUGCAUCUCUGGGCAUGGUAUUAUCAUUUUGGGCAUCAUCUGUUGGAUAUUUGUACAUCAGUUAUGGCGUACUUGUCGGCAUUGGAGCGGGACUUUCCUUUCCCCCCACUGUGUAUAUUGUCACCUCGUAUUUUGUGAAGCUGCGAGGAUUGGCCAAUGGCCUCUGUAUUUCGGGCAGUGCCCUCGGCUCGAUUAUAUUGCCGCCUGUGCUGCGUUGGCUACUGGAGGCAUAUGGUUAUCGCGGAUCGUGCCUCAUCAUGGGUGGCAUUACAUUGAAUGUGCUAGUGGGUGCACUGUUCUACGAGCCCGUGGAACAGCAUAUGGUGCGUGUGCCGCGUGCUCGUCAGGCACUCGAUGAUAUUCCCGAGGAGGAGGACGUUGGCAUUGUGAUGAAAUUCGAGAAUGUGGAUGAGACGGCACAGAAUCAGGAGCAGACCGUUGAGAAGCAAUUGCUGCCAUUUAAUUCGCCACCAUCGCCACUUUAUCUGCCCGAUGAUGCGGAUGACAAGCAGCAGUUUGUGCGCAGCGCCUCGGCAGCUGUUGUCCAGAGCUAUGCCAAGCCGGGAGACGAGUUCCAGCCACGUGUCAGAAAGAUUAGCACUCCAGUGCGUCUGCCUCAGCGCAAUCAAACCUUCACUCCUGGUCAACUGAACUCGCAAACGUCGCUGUACGCCGUGCCCGAGGGCAGGUCCAGUUCCAACAAGCUCACGCUAAGGAAUAGCUCUCGGAAUCGUCUGUCCAAGCGAUCGCCAUCGACCAGUAGCUUUUUGUACAUCAGCACACCGUAUCAUGGCAGCACGUUGUCCUUCCAGCCCAAGGAGUUCUCCUCUCAUCUGUCGCUUCGUUCCGCUGGCAGCGCCGCAGCGUCAAAUGAUUCAGCUGCUCCGGCUGCCGCUCGAGCGGAUGAUACAAAGGGUGGCAAAGAGGAGCCAAGUCAGCGUAGUAAAUUCUUUGAUCUAAGUCUGCUGAAGGAUCCCAUGUACUUGGUCAUACUCAUCUCGAACUCAACUAAUGCAAUCAGCUAUACAAAUUUCAUCAUCCUGCUGCCCAGCUUUGGACUCGCCAGAUCUUUUGACAAAUCCUUGUCCGCUUAUUUGUUAUCUGUGGUCUCCGCAACGGAUCUAAUUGGACGCAUUGGCGGAUCAGCGCUGUCGGACAUGGGAUUCAUACCCAAGACGUGGUACUUUGUGGGCGGCUUGACAGUUUCCGGCAUUUCAUUGGCCCUGCUUCCGUUUGCCUAUAGCUAUGGUAGCGUCUGCUUUUGGUGUUCCCUCUUUGGACUCGCCUCUGGCAUUUAUGUGGGUAUUACGGCCGUCAUUAUGGCCGAUAUGCUGGGCACGGAACGUCUUACUUCAUCCUAUGGCAUCAGCCUGUUUGUCAAUGGCAUUCUUCAGCUAGUGGGUCCGCCACUUUGUAAUUACUGGACCGAAAUGGUCAAAGACUACAAUCCACUGUUCCAUGCCCUUGGAUUGACGCUGCUCGCCGGCGCCAGCUUAUGGGCGUUUAUGCCCUGGAUUGAGCGACGCAAAGCCAAAGAGGAGGAGAAGUUGGAGGCCCAACUGGACGAGGAAGCUGUCGAUGGCUAUUAAGCCACAAACCCACGUACAAUUACACUUAGUUGUAAGGCUUUAAAUGCGUACAAAGGAGGAAAUCAUUGAAAAUGGAGCGGAGGAAGAGAAGAAUGCAGUAGCCGAAUGAGAAACAGAACGAA